UUGCCUGUUCGGGGUGUGGAGCGAGCCAGUUGCGGGGUCUGGGGAAGAUGAACCGAAGCGAGCACACCACGAGUUCUUAUCGACAUGGUUACUGACCAAACUCUUCUUAGGUGCAUGGAAUACUUAAGCGGAGCCCUGUAGCCAUGUUGUUAUCGGCAGAUCACAGCGACGGUCGUCACUGCUUCUCUCGUACAAUCAAUCAGAUUGUUUCUUCGCGCCGCCAGUAUGCCUCCUCAGCAAGACGAUAUUCGUAUCGAGCAGGCAGAUGACUCGGGCAAAAAUCCUGUCGUAAUUGUCAACGGCAAGGAGGUUGUCGUGAGCUCCGCCACCGAGAAGCCUAGUCGCUCACUCUGGGUCGCAUGGCUCUACAUCUUCGACUGGUAUCCAAGCCAUUACAGUCCUGAAGAGAAGAAGCUUGUGCGUAAGCUUGAUUGCAUUCUACUCACGCUGUGCUGUUUUUGCUUCUACAUCAAGUGGCUUGAUCAGAAUGCUCUCAACAGUGCAUACUGGUCAGGAAUGAGGGAAGAACUCCACAUCAAGGGCAACGAAUACUCUCUCUUCGGCACCUUCUACAACAUCGGUUACAUGGUCUUCGAGAUCCCCAGCAUGAUGAUCAUCUCGCGCCCUAAGCUUGCCCGCUACUACGUCCCCAUCAUGGAGAUCGCCUGGUCAAUCCUCACAUUCACUCAGUCUCGUCUGAGCAGCGUCUCCCAGAUUUACGGUCUCCGCUUUCUGCUUGGCUUCCUCGAGACCCCCGCCGCGACCGGAUCCAUCUACCUUCUCACGUCAUGGUACCGCUCCGACGAAGUCUUCAAGCGCGCUGGCGUUUGGUACGUCUCUAGCAACGCCGGUGCCAUGUUCAGCGGCUACCUGCAAGCUGCAGCACACAAGGGCUUGAACGGCGCGAUGGGCAUGUCGGGCUGGAGGUGGCUCUUCAUUAUCGACGGAUGCAUCUCGCUCCCCAUUGGCAUCGCUGGUCUAUUCCUGUACCCCGGUCUGCCAACUAGCCCGAAGGUCUGGUGGUUGACGGAAGAUGAGCGCAAAUUGGCUGUUGCGCGCAUGCAGAGCCAGGGUACCAAGCAGAGCGGCAAGAUCGGCAAGCGCAUGCUCAAGCGCGUGUUCACCAACUGGCACUUCUAUAUCGUCGUGCUCACAUACGUCUUCUUCCAGUGCACCAGCUACGUCGGUGGCCAAAUGCAAGCUUGGCUCAAGAAGGAGGCAGAUAUGAACGGCACCUACAGCAUUGAGGAGAUCAACCUGAUACCCACAGGUGUUCAGGGCGUGGCUAUCGUGACUGGCAUUCUCGUCACAUCUCUGGUCAUGAUUUACCCCAUGUGGGCGGUCUUCUCCGUUGUGACUGGCAUUCUCCUCUUCUCCAACGUGUGCUUGCGAAUCUGGCACAUUCCGCUCGGACUUCACUUCUUCGUUUACUACCUCCUCGGCAUGACCUCUUGUGUCACACCAAUCCUCUUCCCAUGGGCAAAUAUGUUAAUGAAAGACGACAACGAAGCGCGCAGUUUCACUACUGGUGCUAUGAUGACGAUCGGAUGGGCAUUCUUCAGUUUCUACCCAAUCACCGUCUUUCCCAUCCUGGAAGCACCGCAGUGGACGAAGGGCUUUACAGUCAACAUUGUCUUCAUUGUGUGCUACUGGACGAUCUUCCUCAUUGGCCAGUACCUUUGGCGCAGAGAAUUGGCGGCGAAGAAGUUCGACAUCAAUGCGUCGGGAAAUUCGAGUGAGGAUGAUUUUGUAAAGGAGGUUGAGAAGGACGACGCUGUCCACGUCGAGACCGUGGAGGAUAAGAAAGAGACUAGAGUUUAGUGGAAGGAGCAAGCCUCAGACGACCCUAUUGUAGCGCAAAAGCACUUCAUGCAGUAGUUAUAGCAAGCUAGCUCUUGCACAUUCAAGAACAGACACGGCCGAUCUCAAAAGCCCG